AUGGCAACUCCUCGCCAAGAUUCAACCCCGGCGGAACCGGGCUCCAUCGUGGAAUUUCUCGCUGGUCUUCCAGCAGAGCUUUCCGGGGCCAUCUUCGCGCAUCUGCCCAAUUCCGACCUCAAGAAACUGCGCUUGGCCUCUCGACGGUUUUCCAAAGUCGUCACCCCUCACCUCAGCUUCAAGCGGGUUUUUAUUUCGGCAAGCAACCACAAUAUCCAAGUCUUCAGGAACAUUGCCAACCAUGAUACCUUUCGCCAUGACGUUCGUGAGAUUGUCUGGGACGAUGCACGCUUCAUGAGUGCCCUGGAGGAGGAAUCAGGUUACCGCAGUGGAUACGGAUACGACGCCGAGGACUCGGAUUCCGAGGAUACGCCUGUGCCAGAGGGCGUUCCCUUGUGGUUCGUUGCAGCAUGUCGGGAGAACAUAGACUAUCUGCGCAAAUGGCGAGGAAGGGACGUCGAAACGCUGCCGCAGCACGUCGAAACCGCACAACAGCUUGCUGCCCAGCUCCCUCUUGACGUGGCUUAUGACUACUAUCGAAGCUUGCUCCGUCAGCAGGAAGACGUUCUCGCUACGGCGGCUGACAGUGCCGCCUUCCAAUGGGCUCUGGCCGAGAAACGGUUUCCUAAUCUACGGAGAGUUACAAUCACGCCUGCCGCUCAUGGUAUCCUCUUCUUCCCUCAGUAUCCUACGCCGAUGAUCCGCGCAUUCCCAUACGGCUUCAAUUACCCCCUUCCUCGCAGCUGGCCUACGCCGCCACUCGGAGCCAGAAUCCCCUGCGAAAGCUGGGAAGAUGAAGCCAUCAAGGACAAAUGGCGCGGCUUCCGUAUUGUCACUCAUCUUCUCGCCCAGCAAGAGUACGCAACCGUCCCAGAGGUUGUCAUCGAUGGCAACCAGAUCAAUUCGGGACUUACAUGUGAGAUUUUCACAACGCAAGAACCAUCUGAAGAGUACAAGAACCUCGCUGCUCUAGUCCGGAGACCUGGUUUCUCGAUGCUCAAGCUUAGCAUCAUGGUGGGCAUGCACGCCGAACAGAACUAUGCUGCCUUUCGCAACGGUCGCUUGAAGCAACUUCUGACCGCCGACUUGGAGUCCUUCGCCCUGGAGACCGAUGAAGUCACGAACCUCAGCUUUUCCCGACCCUGGCCUCCGGAGAAUCCCGUCGACCACUUCACACCACUACGCUCCAUCUUUCCUGUCGAAGCAUGGACGCACCUACGACAUUUUGGGCUGUCUCGAUUCUUGGUCAAAGAGAACGACCUUCUCGACCUUCUCGGAGCGCUUCCUGAUACACUCCGCUCGGUGGAGCUCAGCUUUCUGUGGUUCGCGAAAGACAGUGGCGGAUACAGAAGCGUACUUUCUCGUCUCCGCGAUGACCUCGGAUGGCGAAGCCGAUCCGUGAAGCCCCGGGUCAUCAUCCGAGAUGAUAGGAAGCUUACACUGCCCGGACGAGGAAUCCACGUGGAUGAAGAGGUCAUGGAGUUUCUUUACGGCAGCGGUGAAAACCCUUAUCCGGAUGAUCCGCGCAUGCGUACGGUUUUGGAAGGCGUGGGCACGGUGAGGGACGUAUUCGAGCCCAGAUUCGAGCGCCCUUUCGCCACACGAGAAGAGUUGAUGAGAUUGGGCAUUCAGAAGGGGUGGGGCGAAGAUUGA